AUGACAUCUGAAACUCUCGACAAAAGCAAAGAUGACAGCAUGGAACGUCCUCUCUCUCCUGGCGAAAUAGUCGGCUUGUUUGCCCUGGUGCUGACCAUGUAUCCAGUUUGCCUUGGAAGUAUCUUUUUCGCCGGGGCGUACAUCCACUCCUACCCCGAUUCGCCGCCUCUUUGGUAUGGAUUUUGGGCUUCGAUUGGUGGCUUGACGACGGUUGGUCUGGUCUCCGUGGCUCUUCUCUUGGACUGUCCUCGUUUGGUCCGUCAACGAAUGGCCAAGACAAUGGCUGGCAAGACCGAGUCUUCGUCGGAGCAACUCUUCCACAAAUUGACCUCGGCCGUGUUCCUGUCCGCCAUGCUGGGAAUGGGCUAUGAAGGGGUGGGUCGACGAGAUUCGUUUCCCCACAAACUGGUCUGGGUGGCAUUGGCCGUCUACGCCAGUUCCAUGAUGUGGAUCAUUUACGUCUUUCGCAGCAACAAGUAUGCUGCCAGAAUCGUCUUUGUACAGAAGGGACAGCAACUCAUAUCGACUGGGCCAUAUGCCAUCGUGAGGCACCCUAUGUACAUGGGGAUCAUCCCCAUGUGUUUGUCAUUGCCAUUGAUAGUGGGAUCCGUGUGGCCAGUGAUACCAAUGGCACUCUGUGCAGUGUUCACCGGGAUUCGCACCUAUGACGAGGAAGAAUUCUUGGUUCGGACCUUUGGAGAUGAAUAUCUGGACUAUCGCAAAAAGGUUCCCUAUCGAAUGAUCCCGCUUGUCUUUUGA